AUGACGGUGAAAAAGGCAUCCCGCUCAGGCGGGUAUGCCGCCAUCGUCGCCAGGCAGAAGCUACACAACGCUAACCAACAGCUAGAUAUGAUGGCUAUAAGUAAAUCUUCUUUCCAAACGUACAACAUCAUCGUUGGCUUCAAUGAAAAGGACCAACUUCAGUUACUCACGAAAGAAGAUACAAAAGAAGACGAAAAACAAAAGCUAAUCAAAGAAUACAAUGAUUUUACAACUACCAAAUACGAAAAUAUAUCUAUAGACGACAUAGAGAACUGUGUCAAUAUUGAAAACUAUCCCAACUGCGAAAAAACUCUAGUCUUCUAUGUAAAUAAGAACGUAAACAAAGAAGCCAUCGCACUUCGAUUCGAAAAUGAGCAGGACUUCAAAAGAAUAUACUUCACAUACAAGUAUUUUAGAAUGCGGAAUCGACUGACUAAAAAUACAUAUAAUUAUUCCAGUAGCGAUAAUUUAUUCUCUAAAAAGAAGACGAACGAGUUGUUCAAAAGCAGAAAAAACAGCGUCGAUGACUACAGUUACGAUAAAACGCGAUCGGAGUUUGACUUAUUGCAAACGGUCGAUAGCGAUGGUGUCACACACAUAUCUGUACAGCAGAAGGGCUCGAGUCGAUUCGAUCAACCUCUUAGUCUGAUUGGAUUUAAAAGCGACGUCGGCGACACUGGUGAGAUUGAUAGUAUAAUCUACACGGAUAUUGACAUACCAACGAAACCAGAGAGGAAGAGGUUUUUUCACAAAAAAACGAAGGCACCUUCUCCACCACUCCUGCCCAGUAAAGACACCCCGAAAGUUCUUAAAGGUGAAUUUGUCAGAGUAAAUGUUGACAGAGCACCUGACGUAAUACCUAAGGACAAUAAACAAAACAAAAUACCCGAUAUUUUAAUGUUUAGAGAUAACAAACCGAAAAGGAUUAGCAGUCUAUGGACAGCGACUAAUAAAGUAAGCACGGGCUAUGAAUCCGAUCGAGAGGAGUGGAGAAGCAGUCGUUCGCAGUUCUCCACCACCGCUUUCGAUAGUCUGACUCGUCCCACAAAAAUGGCAAUGGCGUUGACACUCAGAAAACCGCAAAGAGUAGACCCUGCACCGCAGUAUUAUCGCCUAACUAGCGAGCCCAAACCGCCACCGUUUAGACCGAACAACUUCUUGCACAGAGCACCAAGGCUGCCACGACCAAGUACGGAAAUAAAGAGGAAUCUAAGUACGGAACAUCGGAAAUACGCUUCUUUACAAAGCCUAGAAAUUCCGAUAAAGCUGAGCGAACCUAAGAGACAGAGCGAUCCCAAAAAGACGAAUUACUCGAACAUUUCCAAUAGGAUCACUGGACUGACAAAUAAGUUAAGGGAUUUGGGGGCAACGACCAAUACGAUCGGAAGAUUUAAGGCUCAGUCCCAUGGUGAUGUGACAAACCUGAAGCCAGUAUUAAAGACCAACGGUCAAGAUGGAGCGAAACGCUCCGUCGUCAGAACCUGCAGUGCUGAACCGCCAAAGAAAGUAACUUUCAGCGCUUUCGCCACAGUACAAGUGGUAUAA